AUGAAGAGAACAAGCUUUCUUCUUGUCAUUUUCAUUACAGUCAUCACCAUUUCUCCUCAUCUAGCCCUUAGAUACCAACCCACAAACACCACCCUUGGAGAAUCUCAUAAAAUUUGCUCCUACUCAAUUGAGAUUGAGACAACAUGUGCACCAUCAGCUGAUACUAAAGAUCAUGUAAGUGCCAGGUUCAGUGACUCAUCAGGAAACCUGAUCAUUGUCAAGCAUCUAAAAAAUCCCAAGUUGGUUUAUCCUCCAAACGGCUUAAGAAAGCAAGGCGGUGUGUAUGGAGGAUUUGGAAGGUGCGCUGUUGACAUGUUUGAAGUAAGUGGACCAUGUAUGAAGCAGAGUAUUUGCUCAUUGUACCUUAAGAAAGUUGGGUCUGAUAAUUGGAGACCAGGCUGGGUUAAGGUGCUUCAUCAAGAGGGUAGUAAUGGUCAUUUAGUGCAAGUUUCUUAUAUGUUUUAUUUUAGAAGAUUUUUGCCAGAAAAUGUAUGGUAUGGGUUCGAUUAUUGUCAUUCUAAAGAGGGGUUUCAGCCUCAUGUUGCAACUUUUGGUAAAGACUGA